UUCGGCAAUACGGAGGCCAUGUCCGCUCCAUUUCUGGACACUCCGAACUUUGUCGUGAUGCUACCUCAGAUCACAUGGCAGUGUCGUUAUUCGUUCCCAAGCGGACACGAGUGUUUCUAGAACGGAGGUCAAGAGAAAUACGAAGGCGAUGAAUGGCUGUUGUCAUUUUAUCCCGCGGCGUGCAGAAUUAACCGACCCAUACAUGAAUAUUAUCCGGUUUCCUUCCCCGUACUUUCCAUCAGAAUGGGGCGCGAUGCCAUCGCCCAUGGGGCCUCUCUGCCUUUCUGGGGAUGCUCCCCAUAUUUCCGAGAGCUUAUAAGUGAAGGCCAUCGUCCGUCGAGGCUCUGAAUUGGAAAGGAUCGACUACCCAAGCUUCUUCUCUUCUGAAUCGAGUCCCUGAUCAGCGUUCUUUUCAAUUCUCUCCGAACCCCAGAUCACCAUGAAGUUCCUCUCCGCUUUCGCGCCCCUGGCGCUCCUCCAGGCCGUCUCGGCUCACUACAUCUUCCCCUCCAUCAACAACUCGGGCAACUGGCAAUAUGUCCGCCAGACUGUCAACCACCAGCACACUGGCCCCAUUGAGAACGUCUACAGCGAUCUCAUGACCUGCUACGAGUUGUCUCCGGGCCGCGGUCCCUCCGGUGUCAUGAACGUUCAGGCUGGCAGCUCCGUCACCGUCAACUCCAGCCCGACCAUCUUCCACCCCGGUCCUUCCAUUGCCUACCUCGCUAGGGUCCCCGCCGGCCAGAGCGCCUCGACCUGGGACGGCAAGGGUGCCGUCUGGUUCAAGAUCUGGCAAGACAACGCCAUCAUCAGCGGCGGUGGCAUCACCUGGCCCACCAUGAACCAAAACUCCGUCUCUGUCCCUCUCCCCAGGUGCCUUGAGAACGGCCAGUACCUCCUCCGCUUCGAGCACAUUGCCCUCCACAGCGCUUCCAACGCCGGCGGUGCCCAGCUUUACCUGAGCUGCGCCCAGAUCAACGUCCAGGGCGGCAGCGGUGGUUACCGCCCUGCUGGCAUGCUCAGCUUCCCCGGCGCCUACAGCCCCAACGACCCCGGCCUGCUCAUCAACAUCUACUGGCCCGUUCCCACUUCUUACACUCCUCCUGGUGGCCGCGUCGGGUCCUGCUAAAUCAGCACCCAGUCAGACAUCCAUGGUAGAUAGUGCUGCUGCCACUUCCGCAUUGGAUUCUCCAGGGGCCGGUCAUCUGAGAAUCCUUCUUUGAUGGCCUGUGGUGGUUGUCGUCACUGUAAGGUUCACGUUUCUGAAGGGUGGAUUUGUGACUUGGCCACACUUUCAUAGGUACAUUUCUCGGCGCGAAGGCAGGAUGCCUCGUUGCUGCAAAGAUGCAUUAUCAAGCGUAAUGUGCUUUAUUGCUUUGUAUAUACGCGGCACGCACAGCGAAAAUACGAUUUUUAUGACAGCG